CGCGUCUUAAAGGGGCAGCGCCACACCGAGCUCCUCCCGGUUACGAGGUGGUUCCGGGGCGGCACCGGCGGCACCGGCGCAUGGCGGCGCUUCCGCCGCGGGCAGCACCAUGAACUACAUGCCCGGCACGGCCAGCCUCAUCCAGGACAUCGACAAGAAGCACCUGGUCCUGCUGCGGGACGGGCGGACGCUCAUCGGGUACCUGCGCAGCAUCGACCAGUUCGCAAACCUGGUGCUGCACCAGACUGUGGAGCGCAUCCACGUGGGCAAGAAGUAUGGAGACAUCCCUCGAGGCAUCUUUGUAGUGAGAGGAGAGAACGUUGUUCUGCUGGGGGAAAUAGACCUGGAGAAGGAGAGCGAUACCCCCCUGCAGCAGGUCUCCAUCGAGGAGAUCCUGGAGGAGCAGCGCGUGGAGCAGCAGGCGAAGCAGGAGUCGGAGAAGCUGAAGGUGCAGGCGUUGAAGGAGCGGGGGCUCUCCGUGCCGCGGGCAGACACCCUGGAUGAGUACUGAG